CAGGCCUUCAGUCGUCCCCAGUCCACUGGCCAGCCUUCCAGGGUUCUGAGUCUAAGUGGCUCAAGCCAGAGCCUCAUUCCCCUAGGGCACCCUUCCUUUAUGACUUCACCCACUGAAGUCACCUGGGAGACAAUGCUGAACGUUCCACCCCAGAGUCUGGGCCUCUUGGAGGCCCGGCCAGCCCAGAGGACUCUCUGUCCAGUGUAAAUGAGGACACCACUGGCCCAUGUCUCACAGGUGUGUAGAGGGCAGCCUCAGAGGCACUGGGUGCUCCUGGCACCAUGGAUGAUGCUGCCGUCCUCAAGCGACGAGGCUACAUAAUGGGGAUAAAUUUGGGAGAAGGCUCAUAUGCAAAAGUCAAAUCCGCUUACUCUGAGCGCCUGAAGUUCAACGUGGCGGUCAAGAUCAUUGACCGCAAGAAAGCCCCCACGGACUUCUUGGAGAAAUUCCUUCCCCGGGAAAUUGAGAUUCUGAUCAUGCUAAACCACCGCUCCAUCGUCAAGACCUAUGAGAUCUUCGAGACGUCGGAGGGCAAGGUCUAUAUUGUCAUGGAGCUCGGGGCCCAGGGUGACCUCCUCGAGUUCAUUAAAACCCGGGGAGCCCUGCACGAAGACGAUGCUCGCAAGAAGUUCUACCAGCUCUCCUCGGCCAUUAAGUACUGCCACGACCUGGACAUUGUCCACCGAGACCUCAAGUGCGAGAACCUCCUCCUCGACAAGGACUUCAACAUCAAGUUGUCUGACUUCGGCUUCUCCAAGCGCUGCCUGCGGGAUGACAGCGGCCGGCUGACACUGAGCAAGACCUUCUGCGGGUCAGCAGCAUAUGCUGCCCCCGAGGUGCUGCAGGGCAUCCCCUACCAGCCCAAGGUCUAUGACAUCUGGAGCCUGGGCGUUGUCCUCUACAUCAUGGUCUGUGGCUCCAUGCCCUACGACGACUCCAACAUCAAGAAGAUGCUGCGCAUCCAGAAGGAGCACCGCGUCAACUUCCCUCGCUCAAAGCACCUGACAAACGAAUGCAAGGACCUCAUCUACCGCAUGCUACAGCCGGACGUCAAGCGGAGGCUGCAAAUUGAUGAGGUCCUUGACCACGGCUGGGUGCAGCCAAAGGCCCGGAGCAUGUCCUAUGCAGCCGUCAACAAAGAGGAGGAGAGCCCCCAGGGCACUGAGCCCUCACAGACUGCUGUGCCCAGCUCUGACAAGAAGUCUGCCACCCACGUGGAGCCCCAGGAGGAAGCACAGCCCGAGAUGCCAAAGUCAAAUCCCAAGGAGGAGACGCUGCAAGUGCCAGGAUGCUCCAACUCCAGGACCACAAGCUUCACCCUUACAAAUGACCAGCCGAGCAAGGAGACAGUGGAAGGGGGGGCUUCCUCGAAGGCCCCAGAUAUACACACCCAGUGAGCCUCUUGCAUGGCCCAGGGGGCUGGCAGAGAAUGAGGCAGAGCUCACAGCUUAGAGUCUGAGCUCCAAAAAGCCAAAGGAUGAGCCAGUGAAGGAAGACAAUCCUGGAUGAGCCACUAUUUUUGUAAGUUUCUCCCCACUCCCUUUGAACAUGGCUAAAGAAGCAAUAAACCACUAUAUUAGUGCAUACUCUGGGUGCAGAAUUAGUAAGUUUCGCAAAAGAGUCUAGCCAACACCAUUGCUCUCCUCUCCCAUGGGCACACAGAGCUCACCCGCCAUUCAUCCCCUGCAGAAUUUAGCCUGGGGUUCUCUUAGGUUUGUCUCCUGAACCCUCAGUCCCCCAGGACAGGGCUCGUGCCCAUUACUGCUCUCUAUUCCUACUCUCUGCAGCUGACCUGCCUCCUCUCCUCCCACUCCCCUUGAGCUCCACUUUCAACGUCUG